GGCACCGAAUUCCAUCCACCUUUGACUCCCCCGCAAGCUGUAAGCUGUUUGUCGUCCUUCGUUGUCUCCACGCCACACCUCAUUCCCCUCUCUCUCUCUUCCCCUCCUCUCUCUCUCUCUCUCUCUCUCUCUCUCUCCAUAUCCAAAUUCGAUCAGAAAUAAUUCAUCAAAUCCAAUCAAUACAUACAUAUAUUUACAGAAACAACGUACGGCCUCGAUCGGUCGGAAAUGGCGCCCCGUGUCUUAAAAUCAUGCUUCGGCCGGCGCCCCUCCGACGUGGACAAAAAGCCCACGGCGGCAGACGCAACGGCGCCGGCGCCGGAGCACCGCCGCAAAUUAGGGCCGGUGGUGGUCGAAUUAUUCUCGUCGCAGGGCUGCGCCACCUCGCCGGAGGCCGAGGUCCUCUUUUCCCGGCUGGGCCGCGGCGACUUCGCCGCCCAGCUUGCGGCGGCGCCGCUCAUCCUUCUCUCGUUCCACGUCGACUACUGGGACUACGCCGGCUGGAAAGACCCCUUCGCCGCCGCCCAAUGGACCGUCCGCCAGAAGGCCUACGUGGAGGCCCUAAACCUCGACACCAUGUUCACCCCGCAGAUCGUCGUCCAGGGCCGCGCCCACUGCGUCGCCGACGACCCCGACGCCGUCCUCUCCGCCAUCGCCGCCGCGCCGCGGCACCCUGCGCCGUCGCUCCAGGCGGCGUUCCGCAGGCCCGGCCCGAAAUCUCUGCGGGUGGCCCUAAAAGGAUCUGCCAGGCCCGAUCCCGGGUACGUGAUUCUGGUGGCGCUGUACGAGUGCGGUCUCGUGACGGACUGCGGCGGCGGCGCUAAUAAGGGUAAGGUUCUGGCGAACGACUAUGUUGUCCGCCGGCUGGAGAAGCUGUCGCCGGCGCCGGCGGGGAAGAAGGGGAUCUCCGGCACGGUGGAGUUUGGGCUUUGGGAGGGGUUUAAUCCGGCCAAGUGUGGAAUGGCUGUGUUUGUGGAGAACUCUUCCCGCCAAAUAUUUGGGUCUCAAAAUUUUCGACUUCCCGAUGAGAUAUUGUCUGAAUCAAUCGUCGAUUGA